AUGACUUCGCGCACUCACAACGAAUUCCUCGACGCAGGAGAUAGCGAUAGCGACAAUGCCGAUGCGUACGACUCGAACGCCGAGGAUCUUCAAAAGGGAGGGAGAACUUCCAAAAGGCGAAAAGUCGACGAGAAAAUUGGCACGACUCUAGAUAAAUCCUUUGAGAGAGAAACGCCUGAAAAACUGAUUGAGCCGGCUACAGAAGCUAGAAAAAAUGAUCCUCAACACAUUGAGGAUGAUUCAGUUAUGCCUGGGCUAUCUAGACCUAUCACUAAGAAGAACCUAAUUGCAACCGCUGCGGCAGUCAAACGUUCGGGCGUAGUCUACAUUUCUCGAAUACCGCCCUUUAUGAAACCCACCAAACUUCGGUCACUCCUUGAGCCCUACGGCGCCAUAAACCGGUUAUUUCUUACCCCCGAGGAUCCGUCUGCGCAUGCACGAAGAGUCCGUCAUGGUGGAAAUAAGAAACGCUCAUUUAUCGAUGGAUGGGUGGAAUUUGUCAACAAAUCAGAGGCCAAAGCAGCCUGCGAACUACUCAAUGCACGAACAAUCGGUGGGAAAAAAGGCACCUAUUAUCGCGAUGACGUAUGGAAUAUGCUAUAUUUGAAGGGGUUUAAAUGGAACAAUCUAACAGCGCAAAUCGCUGCCGAGAAUGCAGAAAGAGCUAGUAGAAUGAGAGCAGAAAUAAGCAAAAGCACAAAAGAGAAUAAAGAGUUUGUCAAAAAUAUUGAAAGAGCUAAGAUGUUGGAAGGUAUGGAAUCUAAGAAUGCGAUCAAGAAAAAAAAUAAUACAGAGAAAAAUGGAGGGGAUAAAGAUAUUGAACGGAGAAAAGAACGUCCUAGAAGUUUCAAGCAGGCAGCUGUAGCAUCAAAGCCUACACUAGAGAUAGAUUCUGAACAAGUUAAGAGAGUACUAAGUAAAAUUCUUUAG